AUGGCGCCUCUCACGGCUUUAUCUUCGCAUGAGCGGAAUCGAGUCGAAGAUUAUUUAAAUGAUAAAAUCCAGGUCGCUGCUGAUCUUGAGAGUUUGGAUUCGCUAUUAUCGAGCCUCCGCGCGCAACAGGAGCUUCAGCGGAAACAGUUAGCAGAAGCCCACGAAGUCCUGUCUAGUGCGACAAAAGCCUCCAUUGACCAUGCCGAAGCCACUCGAAAGCAAGCCGAGGCAUUCACCAAUGAGCAAGCGGACAUCGAUCGACGACUAAAGGCCAUCACACAAUCUGAGACCAGCGAUGAGGCAGUUCAUAGACUUGAGAAGAGCAUGGAGAGCCUCCAACGGCUAGAGGUCUCUAAGGGAUACGUGGAGCUACUGAAGGAAGCUGAGGAAUUGAGCAAAGAAGCUUUGACGAGCCUUGCCUCCGAUCCAGGCGCUGCUCUACAGCCAUAUUCUCGACUGCGGACCAUUGUCGGAUUACUGAAGGAAGCCCAACCUGCUGCUGAGGGAGCGGCCCCUCAUCUAGUCGACUACACAGAGAAGUUGGCAUUUGCACUGAGACAGCAAAUGAAAGAGUACUUUGGCAAUAAUUUGAAAAAGACUUUAGAGGAGCUGAAGUGGCCGACACGGGAGUUGAACAUCACCGAUCAGCUCCUGGCUCGCUGGAGACAAGAUGUUGAGCUCUUGAUCGAUCUCCAAGCACCUGAACUUCGAAGUCGUGAUGCACUGGCAACGGGUGUGGCUCUCGAGCCACCGGUCUUGUUCCCAUUGGAAGUUAUGGUGCAUCCUCUGGAUCUCCGAUUCAAGUAUCACUUCAGUGGAGACAAGCCGACAAACAGACUUGACAAGCCUGAAUAUUUCCUCUCACACAUCAUGGACCUAAUCAACCAAUAUGGCGGAUUCUUUGUGACCCAUUUGCAGCCUAUUCUCGACGAAAAAGCUCAAAAUGUUAGCUCAAGCCUGGAAUGGAACUUUUAUAAUGCUUCACACAGUUUCAUCACGGCAUUGAUUCCGAUGUUGACCCAAAAGAUCAGCUUGUUCCUCCCUCAGAUCUCCAACUACCCUCAACUACUCAGCCACUUCAUUCACGAACUGAUGAACUUUGACAAUGAGAUAAGAGAGACGUGGAACUAUCUACCGGACCCAUAUGCGGAUGACAAUUGGAAGGGCAUGACGUGGGAAGUUUUGACAAGACAGGGCUGGUAUGAUCGAUGGCUUCAGGUUGAAAAAGACUUUGCGCUGGCGCGAUACAAAGACAUCAUCGAUACAGCAGAUAGCGGAGAGAUUGAUUACGAUGGCAUGGAGCUCACGGCAACGAAGCCAACCAAGGCUGCAAUCCGCGUGAAUGAUCUUCUCGAAACCAUUACCGAGCGCUACCAGCCUCUAUCAUCCUUCAGCCAGAAGCUGCGCUUCCUCAUCGACAUCCAAAUCACAAUCUUCGACCAAUUCCACGAACGCCUCUAUUCUGCCCUAGAAGCAUACCUUGCAAUGACAUCAACGCUUGGACGCACUGUGCAAGGAGCUGACGGACAAGUCAGCGUGGAGGGUGUCGCCGGCCUGGAGCGACUCUGCAGGGUCUUUGGCAGCGCCGAAUACCUAGAAAAGAAGAUGGAAGAUUGGAGCAACGAUGUAUUCUUUGUUGAGCUCUGGUCCGAGCUUCAGGAUCGGGUCCUACAGAACCGAGACAACGGUCGAAACGUGGCUGGCACUAUGUCCAUCGCGGAGGUUGCAUCGCGUACCUCGUCCGUUGUCAACAACAAUGGUACACAAACCGAGACCUCCUCAGAUGGUGCCCUCUUCGAUGAAACGGCAUCCGCCUACCGUCGUCUACGACUCCGUUCUGAAACCAUCAUCACUUCUACCCUUUCCUCCAACAUCCUCGCAGCUUUGAAGCCCUACUCUCGUGUCUCCACCUGGGCUACACUGUCCACCCCCUCCGCCACGGCGACGGCCCCUCCUCUUUCCCCGUCUUCGGAUCUUGCCCAUGCCAUGCGUACAUUGUCUACCCAACUCUCCUUCUUAUCCCACGCACUGGGAACUGCACCUUUGCGACGAGUCUCUCGCCACCUUCUCUUAUCACUUCAGACUUAUAUCUGGGACUAUGUUCUGACCAAGAAUACCUUCUCUACUACCGGAGCGGCUCAGCUUGCCAGCGAUGUCGAUCAUCUGUGUAGUGUGGUAGAUGCAGCCCUGGGAGCAUCCAACAACGCGGGCAUCUCCAUGCGUACUAUCAAAAAGCUCACUGAGGGAUUACGCAUUCUUUGCUUGAGUGCCGCUGAGCACGAGGGCGAUGCCCCUGCAAAGGACGAUGCCGCUCUAGGGCUGUGGGAUGUGGAAAAAAGACUCUUCAGGGAUAAUGAGAGCGCACGAGGCGUGCUUGCUGAACUGGAAAUUAAUACCCUGUCCGAAGCGGAGGCUCGGUCUGUGCUGGAGCGCAGAGUUGAGAUAGGUAAUUGA